CAUAUAAACCUCAGCCUUCCUUAUGCCACCGCUCUCCUCCUUUCUCUCUCUCUCUCUCUCUACUCUUGUCUGAUGGAGUGCAAGGCGGCGAGCGAGUCGUCCUCGUCGGCCCCCUCUUCUUCCAUGGACAGCUGCGGCGCCGGCGGGCCGCGGGCGACAGUCUCCACGGCGUCGUCCUGCUACCGGCCGGCGAUCGGCAGGGGCCUAAGCACGGACCUUCACCUCGGGCUCAGCCUGCGGUCAUGCUCCUCCUCCUUCCACACGGCCGACGGCGUCUCCGCUUCCACUCCAAGGUCUCUCUACAGACUCGUAAUUUUAUCUAAAAAUUUAACCUUCUUGUUCAUCAUUUGCAUCGGUCGGUCUCUGGCUCCUCUCUGCACAUCAACCGAUGCAUCGAUCAACCCGUUUCUUAGGAGCACCCUGACGACGACGACGACGAUGAGGCCAACGGCGCCGUCGUCUGAUCCGGCGCACCAGAGAGGAGGAGGCGGCGGCGGCCAUGGGCAGCGGUCGCUGUUUGUGAAGGUGUACAUGGAGGGCGUCCCCAUCGGCCGGAAGCUGGAUCUGCUGCUGCUGGACGGCUACGACAGACUCCUCGCCGUCCUAGGCCGCAUGUUCAAGGCCUCCAUCAUACAUCCGGAUACUGUCGGCCGUGAUCACCGAGUGGUUCUUGGGGAGAAGCAGGCUCGCCAUGUUGUCACUUAUCAAGACCAGGAGGGGGACUGGUUGAUGGCCGGGGACGUACCGUGGGAGCUAUUCCUGGCGGGUGUGAAGAAAUUGAAGAUUGCAAGGGUGGACAGUAGCACCUCUGAUUGAUUCAACGAGGGCGACUCAUGUGGCCUCCAUUCCUGGGUGUGCUUGGAUUUCAUUAAUUCAUUUAUGGGGGAUUAAGAUGAGAUGGUUAUUUCUUGGUGAAGUCGGCUGCUUCAUAGUGUACAGUCUGCAAAAGUGU